AUGGGCCUUACCCCAAUCCGCAUUCGAGGCAAACGCAAAGCUCCCUCUGGAAACAAACCAUCCAAGUUACGCCCCAACUCUUCGACAGACGACAACGGACCAAGUCCCAAAAAGAUGAAACGCUCACUCUCUAAUGUCCUCGCCUCCCGGCCCCUUCGUGGACGCCCUACUUUACAAUCUCUACCUGCCGAGGUCCUGGAGAUAAUCUUCCUCUACAGCGCCAGCUUAUCCCUGCCACGCUCUUCCCCUAUUAUCGGUGCAAAGUUAUCCGGCCGUGCUACUCUCCUACGACACUUUAUGUGGACGUUUCACGACACUUGGAUCGAUUGGUUCGGGAUUCCUGUGAACUGCAAUACAUCUAGAGAUGAUGUUGGUGGUGAUCCCCGACUUCAGUCCGAGGUUUUCGAACUCCCCUGGGUAAAAAUUGAUUUUAUUCUCCAGGCCCAGCAGACAUGGGCCGAUACACACGCCAAGGGCCGGUACUAUGAGCAUUGCCUCCCGAAGCUCGACACGGAAAAUUACCCCCUUACGCACACCUCCGACCACCCCAUCCAAGGCCACAAGGGCGAAUUCAACGCCCGCCAGUGCUUCGAAGCCGACUACCAGGUAGUCUCGAGCUGGGAGCCUGUCAAGGACGUCGAGUGCUGGGCCCAGUGUGACGUGCACCCUGACUUCCGAGCCCCCCGUUCCCUCAUCACCGGGCCCUGGGAUGAAGAGGAGCUGCGCCGACUUUUCUGGCUCCGACGGGCGGGGUGGGCAUUUCAUUGGGAUGGUGAGAGCGUCGACUGGGAAUCUCGGCUGGAGUGCCUCCGCAACGCCUUCAUCGACGCCCCUGUCCCCAGUGUGCUUAUCACCAACCUCCUAGACCUCCUUCAGCUAGGACAAGGUCUGCCAACCGACAUACUGCAGAAAGAGAGGCGACGGAUCGAGCAGCGGCUAGAAUGGGGUGGUGACGAUGCAACAGGCAGGGAGGUUCUGCGACAAGUUUACUCGGGCACGGAGCUGUGUGACGAAUCACCUCUCCACAGACAUUGA